CCAAGAAAAAGAAUUAUUUUUAGUUUGGCUAUUUUUGCAUUAUCAGCAUCAGCUUUGUAUUUUGAUAAUUUAGAUCCAAAAAACAACCCAUUCUCAAUGGAUCGUAAAGAUAUAGUUUAUAAAACAAUAGAUUACACCAAACCAAAGGGUCAAGGUAGGGUUACUAUUGUUCAAAAUGGUGUUGUUGUCAAAGAAGAAUAA